AUGGCUUCUGAUACGGAUAUGAAAAUUCCUAUCUUUGAUGGCAAAGAUUACAACCUUUGGAAAAAAAGAUUAUUACUUUUACUGAAAUUUAGAACGUGUGAUGAGGUGGUCACACACGAAAAACAAUUGAAAGAUACUGAUUGGGAAAAGCUUAAUUGUAAAGCUAUGAACUUAAUAUAUUCUAGUAUUUCAAAUGAACAAUUGGAAUUUGUAUGUGAUGAAAAAACAGCAAUUGAUAUAUUGAAUAAGUUUGAUGAAAUCCAAGAUAAUAGUAAAAAGUCAAAUUUAUUUAAAGUCGAAAAGAAGGACAUUGAAUGCUUCAUUUGCCACAAAAAAGGGCAUACAAAAAAGGAUUGUGAAACUAAUACUUUUCCGAAUUUCCGAGCAAAUUGGCGAGGAGGUGCUAUAACCCGAGGCAGCUGGCGAGGCAACAACUCUCGUGGAAGCGGUCAAAGGGGCAGCUACAAUCAAGAAGAAAAUUACCAAAACAACAACAACAGAGGUUAUACAAACAACAACAAUAGAGGUUACGGCAACUACAGAGGCUACAGCAAUAACAGAGGAUACAAUAACAACAACAAUCGAGGUUACGGUCAACGAGGAGGUCACCGAGAGUUCAACAAUCAACGAAGUUUUCAACAAGAAGGUCAACACGACGCACGCUAUAGUUAUAAUGAUAGGUAUUACGAUAAUACACCACAGACGUUUUAUUUGCAUGCAAAUAUUGAUGUUAAAAAUUUUAAUAGUAGAAUUUUAAAAGAUUAG